GGAAUUCGACCAUUCGGGUUUAUUUGAAGGUACCAUGGUUCUUUCUGUUCCAGUUUGCUGAAGUCAAGUUUUUUGAAAUCGUAGCUUAGUCCGCUAUCGGGGUACAAUUCUUUGAGAGCCUCAAGCGCUAUGGAGACUUUGUGGCCAUUAGGGGUUGGAGCAGUGUAAAGGGUCAAAGUGGGCGUCGACAUGAUCGAGCGAGUGGAUAAGAGCCUAGCGAAUGCGAUUCGGAGCCUCGAAGUGCAGUGCAGGGUGAAAGAGCUUUGAGAGAUUCCAAGGGGCUGGUCGAAUGGAGGAGCAAUGAACGGCUUUGGGGGUCAUUUAUAUAGCAGAAAUGUCAUUUAUCCACCACCAUGUGGAGGUGUCGUGCAUGACAAUAAUGGGUCCCUUAGGCUGCCGGGUUUCGGCAUUGCUGGUGGGGUGAGCCGAGCUGGAACUCAUUCCGGAAAUCAUGCACACGUCGUCGCCGGCAGCGCUCAACUCACCUA